CCUCUCUCUUGAACGAUCAAUACGCCCUUGAUCUUUCUCUUUUCUUACUUUUCUUUGAAUUUGCUUUACAAUCAUGUCUGAUUUUGGCAGCUACGGUGGAGGUUCUAUGGACGCUAAGAAGCAGCAAGUAAUGGACCAGGUCCGCAGCGAACUCGCGCUUGCCAAUGCUCAGGAACUCAUUAACAAAAUCAAUGAAAAGUGCUUUGCAAGGUGCGUACUCAAGCCCAGCACUAAGCUUGACAACAGUGAACAGAACUGUUUGUCCAACUGCAUGGAUCGUUAUAUGGAGGCAUGGAACAUUGUGUCACGUACCUACAUUAGCCGUGUCCAGCGCGAAUCCCAGAACAUGGGAGGAAGUGGAUUUUAAACAUUUGUACUGCAGCCGGAUACUUGUGAGCAAACAGUUCAAUUCGCGUCAUAAUAAAACAAAGGAUGAUUGUUGUAUUGUGG